AUGUCGCCACGCGAGGGGGCCCGCUUGCCAGGCUCCGCGCUCGUUAUCCUUACUGUUCUUUCUGCUGGGGCCCCCUCUUGCUCUGGCCAUAAGCUAUGGCAGCUCCAGCUCGCAACCAAAGGGGCCCGCCCUGCGAGGCCAGAGUGGGCUCAGCGGUCAGACCCCAUUCGAAUUACGUUAGGGGGUCUUUCGCUUUUGCCAGAUCUAGAGAGAUACUAUGAGUCCUCCGUCCCAGAUUCCUUCGCCGCGGCCAUCUGGUUCACCGGUACUACCAAAAAGUAUCAUGCUUACGUUCAAGAUACAGACAAGUCAAGAAUGGGAUAA